GGUGUUUUGCUAAUUUUGCAGCGCCAGGGCUGGAAAAAAAUAUUCCGAACAACCACAGGGGUGAGUGCACGAAACGUGUGUCACUUUUGUCUUCAGCUUGCAGCAGCUUCAGCUUCUCAGUUCUCACAGCCAACGCAGGCGUCCAAGUCCAAGCAAAGCCCCGCUCCUGUCACAGACAAAUUUCCACGGGAGUAUCUCCCCCCCUGCUUUUUUCUUCUUCCCUUCACCCCCCGCGUGCGCGCUCAGUCCCUCUCGCCUGUGGCGACGCUUGAGCGACCGCUGCUGCCGCUCGACGCCAGAUCUUCGCCGUGCCGCUCCGGUGACGAGCACCCUCCAGCGUAAGGAGGGGAGUCGGAGAUGUUUUACUCGCAGUUCAUUUUGGCCAAAAAGGGUCCCCUCGGGACCAUAUGGAUUGCCGCGCACUUGGAGCGGAAGCUGCGCAAGAACCAGGUCGCGGACACGGACAUCGGCGUCUCCGUAGAUUCUAUCAUAUUCCCUGAUGUUCCAAUUGCACUUCGGUUAUCAAGUCAUCUUAUGUUAGGCGUGGUCAGAAUCUAUUCUCGGAAGGUCAACUACCUAUUCCAUGACUGCAGCGAAGCUUUGCUGAAGAUAAAACAAGCUUUCAGGUCCACUGCUGUUGAUCUUCCUCCUGAAGAGUCAACUGCUCCGUAUCACUCUAUAACUCUGCCUGAGACAUUCGAUCUUGAUGAUUUUGAACUGCCAGAAGCUGCGUUUCAAGGCGACACUGAUCAUCAUGUGAGCACAAAAGAACAGAUCACUUUGCAAGACAACCCAGAGAAAACAGGGUAUUCAACAUCCCAGUUUGGCCUAGAUGAAAGAUUUGGUGAUGCCAGUUCAUCACAUAUUGGCUUUGACUUGGAGGAGGAAUUAAUUCUGAACAAGGACCACUCAAUUCAUCUCCAAUCUGAUGAUGGCAUUAUUAUUCAAGGUCGGUCAUCAGUCCCUUCUACUGAUAUGGACAUUGAUGAUAACAAAAGUCAAGACAUAAUAGCUGAAGGAUACCACAACAUGGAUGGUGGGCAUUCUAGUCAUGGAAAGCUAGGUUCACUGAAUCUGAAUGCAAUUGACCUAGGAGGAAACAGUAUCCCUAACUGGACUGGUUACAAUGUACAUACUCCUGAUUUGAAUGAUAUAUUAUUGCAUAAUGAGGGUAUUGCAGGGCCAUCAGCUUCGUACAUUCAACCUAGCCCAUAUACUUGUGAUGAACCUGCAUCACCAGAGUUCAUUAGUGCUCAGGCCCCAGCUACACCUGGUUUAAUGGAAGAGACAGUUCCUUCUAGAGUCCAUGAAAGUCCUGUUCUAAGUCCACAGAGAAAACCAUCACCGUCAACCAAUGAUGAAACUGCAAAGACUGACACUCCUGCUGCUCCAGCCUCAGAUUUUCUUCAUUCGGCUACAGGAAAUGCCAAUGAUGUUGGUGCUGAAAGGACAGAACUUGGAUUGGCGAAGCAUGUGCAAGUUGAGUCUUCUGCUUUCUGGGACGCUGAUGCAUCGGGACAACAGCACACAAGUGAGGGUUUACCAUCCCAGGGUCAAGCUGAUCACUUAGAACCCGCUGCUGAUAAAUUGGUCAAUUCUGAUGGUAUAGCCGCAUCUGUUGAAACUGUAACUGUCAAUGCAACCAUUAAAGAUGUACCUUUGGCUGUAAAUGAUUCAGAGCCAUGUGUUGAUGGUUCUACUGAACCAUCUGUGGUGGAGAACCUGGUACAGAUUAAUGGGCCAUUAAUUGAUGCACAAGGUACAAUUACACAAAUUGCAGAUUUUCAACAUGAAGCCCAAGCAAUGCAACAAGUAGUGGCAUCUAAUGAUAGACUGAAUGAACUAGCAACUUCAGAAUUUGCUGAGCCUGAGAAAAUGCUGUCAGUUCCAGAUUCUGAAUUCAAUCAUCCAAUUGACUUGGGGCUCAUAACUGCGGAAAAGGGAACAACUGAAUCUGAUGGAAGUAACAUAAUAGGCAGCCUUGCUAGCAGAAAAAGACAUCUGGAAGAUAGCUUACCAGCUUUAGAGAGUGAGACCACUGAAAGGUUGUCUAGCCGACCACAUGGUAUACGAACCAACGAUUUUGUUCCCCAUGAUGAUGAUAUACUGGCAUCUAUUUUAGUCGGUAGAAGGACCCCUGGAUUCACACUUGAUUCAACACCACUACCACCGAGGGAAUCGUCUCUGAAACGCCGGAGGUUGGGCUCGAAGAUGGGCACACUCAAGAGGAAAGUGCAAAUAGACGAUGCCAUGGUCCUGCAUGCUGAUACUAUACGGCAACAGUUGAUCAACACUGAGGAUAUACGGCGCAUUCGUAAAAAAGCUCCAUGCACUCGUUCCGAAAUAUGGAUGAUUGAGAAAGGUUCACUGGAAGAUGAUAUAUUCCACGAGCCCAUCUUUUCCUGCCUAUCUGAGGAGCUAAACAAAUUACACAAUCGGACAUAUGAGGCUAUUGUACAUCCUGCUGUACAGAACAUGGAACUGCAAGGUCAAUUAGACAUGCCUGAAGCAAUUACAGAAGAUAGCAAUAUUGCUGGGUUUGGUGCUGCUACUAUUGAUGGCCCACUUCACAUACCAGAUGGGAUUCAAUCAGAUGCCAUGCUGCCACGUGCCAAUGAUGCAUAUGGCGCUACAGCUGCUUUUAGUUUGCAAGUUCCUCCUAACAACCAGGUUAACGGUGCAUCUAAUGAUUUUGUUAUUGGCACUCUGUUUCAAGGGGUGACUGGACCUUUUAUUGGUAAUGAGAAAGAAGUGGCACUUGCUGACAGAGAGCGUGCUCAAGUAAAUACACUGUAUAGUGACCAUUUUCAAGAUGUCCCAUCUGAUUUGCAUAGUACUGAUGCAAACAUUUCUAGUCAAGAUGUGACUCUAGAUAACUCUGGCCAAGCUUGCGCUCACGCAACGGACGGCAUGACAAGGGAGCUUACUCAUUUUGUUCAUAGUAAUGCUAAUAUUUUCGAGAGUAAUGAGGUCCCUGCUUCUGAGAUUACUGGGGUGGAAUAUAAUCAAGGUGCCUCUGGUUUCCCUCAAUCAACGGAGGAUGAAAAUGCGGUGGGGUAUAAUCAAGAUGUCUCUGGUUUUCCUCGACCAACGGAGGAUGAAAAUGCGGUAGAUUAUAAUCAAGAUGCCUCUGGUUUUUCUCGACCAACAGAAGAUGUUCAAGAUGCCUCUGGUUUUCCUCGACCAACGGAGGAUGAAAAUAUGGUAGAUUAUAAUCAAGAUGCCUCUGGUUUUCCUCGACCAACAGAAGAUGUAAAUGCGGUGGGAUAUAAUCAAGAUGCCUCUGGUUUUGCUCGACCAACGGAAGAUGUAAAUGCGGUGGGAUGUAAUCAAGAUGCCUCUGGUUUUCCUCGAUCAAUGAAGGAUGAAAAUGCGGUGGAAUAUAAUCAAGAUGGCUCUGGUUUUCCUCGACCAGCUGAAAAUGAAAAUGAUGUGUCUGCUAUGGGAGAUAAUUCUGGCUUCCAUGAAAACAACAUGGGUUCUCUUACGGAUCUGGAUAUGGUGAAUGACUAUGAACUGAAGGAAAGCAAUGAUUUUGGGAGUGCAAUUAAUGGUGUUGAUACAGAUUUUCUGAACUACGACGAUGAUGACGGCGGGGACUUCGACGACGCCAACGACGAUGAGCCAAAUCCCAACGAGUUUCAGUCUCUCGACAACAGUGGUUGGUCUUCUCGCACCAGGGGCGUUGCAAGAUACCUCAAGGCUUUAUUCGACGACGAGUCUGGUCUGGAGAGGAAGAGCGUUGCUAUCGACCAUCUGGUGCGCGGGAAGACGCGGAAGGAAGCGUCGAGAAUGUUCUUCGAGACCUUGGUGCUGACGACGAAGGACUACAUCAGCGUGGACCAACCGAACCCCUUCGACUUGGUGAGAAUAAAGCCAGGCUCAAAGCUGCUGAUGUCGGAAUUCUAGACCGUCCAAGCCAGCUUUUACCCCUGGCGCCAUACAUACGUGUUACCAAUUGUAUCCAUCACACCGACCUACCGCACCCCCUCCUUUACCCCCUCCAAAUCCAUUUUUGUUUGUUUGUUUGUUUGUUUGUUGUUGUUGUUGUUAAGUUAUCCUCCUCUGUGUAGCAUCUCCCGCGCGCUAGGGCUCGAGUAGGAUGGCUGCUAUGUUGUACCGUCGGCUGUAUAUAUGAUUUAGUGACACAUGUGAAGCCUGCCAUGUAAUCUGAUAGCGCUGGCUCCCUCCCUCCCUCCCCUCCGAUCCACUAAAGCUAUUGUAUAAUUUGUAUUUGCUUGGCUAAAGCCCGUAGGAAUUUGCGUAUUGGUAACAAGACGAUAUGAUGGUGUACCUGUUGAUUAUGUCAGGAUCUAUUGACAGCUUUAACUCAGCUAUUAUUGGACUGACCUUUCUUGUGAA